AUGGCAGCCAAGCUCGACUCCCAGACGCUGGGACUCGUCUUUCAGAGCCGACCCGACAUUUUGAAAGGCAUCAAAGAAGCUGCUGACUCUCCCGCGCGCAUCGAUCUUUUCAACAACAUCGCAUCAUUUGUGUACGAGAGGAUAGCGAACAACACAUCCGAAGAGCCAGCCACGAAGAGGAGACGUGUCGAAGCACAAACAAGCGGUUCCAAUGGCGCAACCCACCCGAUCGCGGGCUCACAAGCGGCAGUGCUCGGUGCAGACGCCGCCGCCGCCGAGCCAGUACUCCUAGAGAUCAAGGACAUUUCUAUCUCGGUGCCCCAGCGCAAGAAAUACGACUUGUGCUUUACCAAGAACUUUCUCUACGCUCGCGCUUCAGGCUCUCCGGUGCCUGUACAAGGCAUCGUGUAUCCAUGGAAAGACCUUGAACACGCCUUCUACCUCCCCGUCCCCGAGAAAUCCCAAGUCCAACACAGCUACGUCCUCCUCCCGCGCAGCAGCUACCUUUCCACAACCAAGUCUCAACCCCCCGCCGACCAGCAAACCCAACAAGCCACGACGCCGCUCGAGCCGCUUGUCUUCACCAUCCCCUCCACCGCGCCCAAGCCAGGCACCAUUGCGGGUCCCUCAGCUGCCGCCGCCGCCCCCGUCUCCGACAGUUACGCAACGCUCUUCCACUGGGCCUUGACCACCUCUUUGCGCGCCGCCGGCAACCACGCAUGCGAGCUGGUCUCAUCAGACCCGAAGGUGUUCCACUCGGUCGCGCGCCAGGCGUACCGCCCGCAGGAGAAGGCGGUGCACGUCAAGGCAUUCCGCGGCAGCAAGGACGGGUUUCUGUUUUUCCUGCCGACAGGCAUCCUGUGGGGGUUCAAGAAGCCGUUGCUUUUCUUGCCGCUGGAGAAGAUUGUGGCGGUCAGUUACACGAGUGUUUUGCAGAGGACUUUCAAUAUCGUUGUGGAGUUGGAAGCGACAGGGAAAGAGGACGAGGGAGGAGGGCAGGAGAUUGAGUUCAGCAUGCUGGACCAGGAGGAUUAUGCGAUGAUCGACCAGAGUUAUGUGAGGAGACACGGGCUGGCGGAUCGGAGCAUGGCGGAGCAGAGGAAGGCGAAGAAGCAGUUGGCGGAGAACGCGAAGAGGGCUGCUGCCGGUGAAGAUGGCGUUGAGGGAGGAGGUGCGGACGGUGAGGGUGCUGAUGAUGGGCUGACAGAGCUGGAGAGGGCACAGAAAGAAGAGGAGCAGAGGUUACAGGAUGAGGAGGACGAGGAGGAAGAGGAUUAUGACCCGGGUAGUGAUGGUGAGAGUGAGGGCUCGGGGUCGAGUGAUGAUGAGGAGGAGGAAGAUGGUGAAGGAGAGGGUGAUGAGGAUGAUGAUGAGGAUAUGGGCGAGGGAUUGGAAGAAUAA